AUGGCCGAUGCAGGCCGUCGCUUUACCAUGCAGCCUCCCAACACAGAUCUUCGCUCUGGUAUCCCUGUACCUAUGUCCACUGCGAAGAAGCCAGGAUCGGGCAUGCGACUGUCCACAGCUGGCCCAGCUCUCCGAGGACUACAUCCUCCAAAUGCUAUGGCACCUCCAUCCACUAACCCGCGACAAUCUAUGUACCGCUCUCAGAACAUGAAUCCACUGCUAGCUAGUGCCUCAAAGCCCAGCUUUGGACGGACACCACUUACCAGUAGUGCACGUCGAGGAUCCAUGUGGGGAGGAGGCAUGCCCCCGCCACCAACCUCCCAGGUUAUCAAGGAUGUUCGUCCACUUCGAGAGCCCCAGUUUCAGAGCAAAAUGCGCCAAGAUGUUUAUAAUUGGCUCCGGAGCACAUCGUAUGAUAUCUCGAUGCGAACAUUGACGAGCAUCACUGGGAGAGAUUAUCGCGGUAUCUUCAAUCAUCUUGUUUUGAUGCUCGACGGAAAUUAUCCUUUCGACCCCAAUUUGAAAUUUGAAGACGAAUUUAUGACCGCACUUAAGGCCCUUCGGUACCCUUUUGUUGGCCAGCUUAAACCCAUAUGGCUUGCAGCACCAGCUAGUAUGGACUCAUGGCCCGCUUUGCUGGGUGUUCUACAUUGGCUGGCCAUGCUAUGCAAGGGUAGAUUAAACUAUUUGGAAAAUUCAAGUGAGGUGCCAGAGGAGUUUGAUGAUGAACAUCACCAUCACACACUCGCAUUCGAACACUGUAGCGAGGCCUAUGAAGUCUUUCUGUCCGGUGUUGACGAUUAUAGUCCCCAAGAGAGAGCAUUGGAAGCUCGAUACAAGAAGAAGAACGAACGAGUCAUCCAGGAACUAGAAGAGCAAAAGGCGUUGCUAAAAGAGGCUCAACUGGAGUACGCGAAGGCCAUGUCAGAAGCGGCACCAAUCGAAAAGCUAAAGAAAACCAAUCAAUCUUUGAGACGCGAUCGAGAGAAGUUUCAAGAGGUCAUAAUGCGGUGGGAGAUGAGGAAAAACAAGCUCAUCGACUAUAUUGCUCAGGAGAAGGCAGAGUUGGCAAUGAGGGCAAAUUAUCUGGAGGAGCUGAAAACGGAGCAGGGGAAGCUGAGUGAUAUCGUAAAGGAACAAAAUCUAUCCCCCGAGGAAGUUAUCCGGAUGAACACAGAGCACGAACAGCUUUCCCGAAAUCUAGAGGACCUCAGACAUAGGAUAGCGGAAUCCAAUAAGGUCAUAUUAUCUCUCGAAGUCACUGUCACGAAUCGUGGUUCUGCUGCGGAGGAGGCUUUAGACGCCUACACGAAUCUGCUUUCCACCCUCGGACUCUUUCCGCCAUUACCAUCACCGUACGAGGAUGUCGACUUGACAUUGGAAUUAAAUACCGCAGCAUCAAAUCCGCAACAACUACUAUUGGGCGCGGAUCUUCGACGUGUCAUCAAACCUACGUUGAGUGGAGUGGCAGAAUCAAAACGCAUCGAGCGUGCUGGCCUAGAAAGCGAGCGAAUCAAGGUCGACAAUGAGCUUGAUCAGCUGGUGCUAGAGUGCGAGAACUUGGAGGAGGAGAUACACCAAAUCGAGAAGAAGGUGGUUGCAUUGAAUGAACAGGCUGAAGACCUUCGAGAAGCUGUUCAACAAGAGGCACACGUAAGCAACGCUGAGGCUACCCGGCUAGAAAGAGAACUUGCACAGGCCAGAACCGCUGCCCUAGCCAAUGGUGUCGGUGUGAAGUCUCGUCUACAAGGGCUACAAAUUGCAUAUCGAGAGCAAGUGGAGAAGACUGCUCGGUUGAAGGAUGAGACUGUCCGAGCUAUCGUCAAGAACAGUAGCGAAAUUGCUGUGUUCAAGGAGUCUAUCUCGCAGCAACUCAAGGAUCUUCGCGACUUCGCAGAAGCAAACUAAUAUAUUUUAUCAUUGUGUUUGUAUAUGCCUGAGUGAGCCUGGUUGCCUAUCGUUCUGCACCACCUAUCCCUAUCGUCUUGUAUUAACCUAUGUACGCCAUCUAAUAACCUUCAUCACUUGCUUGAGUUGUUUUAUAGAAAUUGUCGUAUCCUCCAUCUUGUGUUGAAUGUGACAUCUUUUAAUUCUCC